AUGCAUCUGCGUCCCGAUCAUGCAGUCCGAGACCUACCAACCCUCCACGCCUUUAUCGAACAACACCCACUCGGCGUCCUCACCACUUCGCUCCCUUCAGAUAAUCACCCGACGCUCCAAUGCAGCCACAUCCCCUGGGUGUUGGACAGUAAAGCAGCACUCGAACCCGAGUUAGCAAAGGAAGCAAGAGUAGCCGAUGGCAGCACUUCCGCCUCGCCGUAUCCCUCCCUGGGAGUUCUUCGUGGCCAUAUUGCGCGCCAAAACCCGCAAAGCAAAGCGAUGGUAGAAUCUGCCUUGGAAUAUAGCACCAAAACAACCAGUAUCCCCGGCGCAUUUCCUAUAACAAAUUCUGCAGAAGAACCACCGGCAUCAACUGGCUACACUCUCCCUGCCGAGGUCUUAAUCGUCUUCACCAGCCCAGUAGACCACUACAUCACGCCAAACUUCUACACAGAGUCCAAACCCGCCACGGGCAGGGUCGCUCCGACGUGGAAUUACGCUGCCGUGCAAGUCUACGGGCGGGCGACUAUUUACCACGAUGCAGAAGACGAACAAACAGAGCUGUUCCUACGACAGCAGCUGGGUGAUUUAGCCCGGCUUGGAGAGGAAGGGGUGAUGGGGUUUCAGGAUGAGUCUGGGUUUGGUUCGGGUUCGGCUUCGGCUUCGGGACCUAAUGUCAAACACGGAGGUGGUGAAACUGAAACUGAGAAUGGAGAUGAGGAGGGGGACCCACCCCAUAACUUGACCCAGAACCAGAACCAAAACCAGGGACAGCGCCAAAACCUGAUCCCUGAUAUACAGCUGAAUCAGGGGUCGAAGACGGCCACCGGGGCUGGUGGGCAUGGCGACAUCAUGCCAUUGCCGAGGUCGACGUCAGCACCUUGGAAAAUCGCCGAUGCGCCACUGGAGUACAUUGCCGCGCUUUUGAAGAAUAUUGUUGGCAUGAGGAUUGAAAUCACCCGGAUUGAGGGUCGGUUUAAGGUUAGCCAGGAACGGCCGGUUAAUGAUCGUGGGGGUGUUGUUCAUGGGUUAGAGAGCAUGGGUGGGAGAGCCAGGGAUAUGGCGGACUUUGUGAGGAGAGGGAAGGUCUUGCCUGGGAAAUGA